CGAUGCUGCCAUAGCUUCCGUAGUCCCUGCUAGCUGUCUUCCUCCCUCCACCCAACACACCGACUGCUCCGUUUCGCUUAAAGCGUUUCCUGUCGCCAAUUGCUGUUCCUCCGCGAGGAUUCCGCAACUACAUGGAGCAAAACACUUGCAAAAUACGGUUUUCCAUAGUUUCCGCCGAUGGUCUAAGCAAACGGGACCUGUUCCGUACUCCCGACCCCUUUGCAGUGUUGACGAUUGACGGCGAACAAACACGUACGACCAAAGUUGUAAAAAAGUCUCUGAAUCCGUACUGGAACGAAUCAUUUGACAUAAAUGUAAGACCCUCGAGCUCAAUCCUCGUCAGGAUCUUUGAUCAAAAACGCUACAAAAAAAAGGACCAGGGAUUCUUGGGUCUGGUCACAUUUCGGGUGCAGGAGGUUGUCAAUCUGAGCAGUUCUCGUGAAACACUCGUCACUCGUCAGCUGCGUAAGUCAAGCAACAGCUCCAGCCUGUCCGUUCAGGGCGAGUUGAUUCUCAAACUCUGUAUAAUUCGAGGAAACGGCCAGAAUGCACGAAUUGCUGCUAAUGGGACCUCAUCUCGUACGUCAACACCCCAGCCCGCUUCAUCCCGGCUUUCAGCUCCACAAAAUGGUCGUUCGGCCGCUUCUUCUUCAAUUCACUCUUCUACCGCUCAGGGUGCACGAGCUUCUCGAACUCCUCGGGCACCGUCGGCCGCUACAGCAAGUCAGGUGCAGAGCAUAAUGUCACCCUUUGAGGAUCAGUACGGACGGCUGCCGCCUGGAUGGGAACGCCGUACAGAUUCGCUUGGUCGCACUUACUAUGUUGACCACAACACGCGUAGCACGACGUGGACACGGCCGUCAUCCAGCACAGUUCCACGUACGCACAACUCGCGUGAAUCACAGCGUUUACAGCACCAAAAUCGUACACUGCCAGAUACCGCCGGCUCCGGUAAUGUGGCUGGACCUACAGACCUUCCUGCUGGCUGGGAGCAGCGUUUUACGCCGAGCGGCCGUCCGUAUUUUGUUGACCAUAAUACUCGGACGACAACUUGGGUUGAUCCUCGCACUCAAGUUGUUCGGCCGACGAAUGCCGCUACAUCUGCUCAGGCUGCAUUCGUGCAACCCCAGUCGCUUUCGCACUUGGGUCCUCUGCCUAGCGGCUGGGAAAUGCGGCUAACGAAUACGGCACGAGUCUACUUUGUGGAUCACAAUACGAAAACGACUACGUGGGACGAUCCCCGUCUUCCUUCGUCACUCGACCAAAACGUUCCCCGGUACAAGCGCGACUUUCGACGGAAGCUGGUGUACUUCCGUUCGCAGCCCGCGAUGCGACCUCUUCCUGGGCAAUGUAAUAUUAAAGUUCGUCGUGAACACAUCUUCGAGGAUUCCUAUGCUGAAAUUAUGCGGCAAAGUCCGAUUGAGCUGAAAAAGCGUCUUAUGAUUCGCUUUGAAGGCGAGGAUGGUUUGGAUUACGGUGGAUUGUCGAGAGAGUUCUUUUUCCUCUUAUCACACAAAAUGUUUGACCCUAUUUACUGCCUCUUUGAGUACUCCGCUGUUGACAAUUACACACUGCAAAUCAACCCUCACUCAAGCAUUAAUCCAGAGCACUUGAAUUACUUCAAGUUCAUUGGUCGCGUAAUUGGCCUCGCCAUCUUCCAUCGUCGCUUUUUGGACGCAUUUUUUGUUGUCUCUCUCUAUAAAAUGCUCCUGCGGAAGAAGGUUACUUUGGCUGAUAUGGAGAGUAUCGAUGCAGAGUUCUACCGAAGUCUCAAGUGGAUUCUCGAUAACGACAUUACUGGCAUCCUAGACCUUACCUUCAUUGCCGAAGAAGAUCACUUUGGCGAGGUGCGCACUGUUGAGCUCAAACCCAAUGGUGAUCAGAUUGAGGUGACCGAGGAUAAUAAAAAAGAAUAUGUCGAACUGGUUACCCAAUGGAGAGUUACGAAACGUGUGGAAGAACAGUUUAACGCUUUUUACGACGGCUUCAUCGACAUUAUACCCCCAGAAUUAAUCAACAUAUUUGAUGAACGCGAGCUGGAACUCCUCAUUGGCGGUAUAUCUGAUGUUGAUGUGGAAGAUUGGAAGACCAAUACAGAGUAUCGUACGUACACAAGCACAGACCAGGUUGUUGUAUGGUUUUGGGAUAUCAUUUCAUCCUGGGAGAACGAGAAACGCUCCAGGCUGUUACAGUUUGCUACCGGAACAUCGCGUAUUCCCGUCAAUGGUUUCCGUGAUCUCCAAGGUAGUGAUGGUCCUCGGAAGUUUACUAUUGAAAAGGCAGGCUCAGCGGAACAACUGCCUGUUGCCCACACCUGUUUCAACCGUUUAGAUCUACCGCCUUACGAAUCGAAGGAGCGGCUUGAUGAUCGGUUAACCAUGGCUAUUGAGAACACGAUCGGUUUUGGUAACGAGUAAUUCUGGCUAAUGAUGAAAAAAAAAUGCAAAAACAUAAUAAACGGCACUUAUGAUGACGGCUUUUACAUUCCUCACUGCUUAUCAAGCGUGUCUGCGUGCUUUUUUCGUCGCGACACUUCAUUUUCAUUUACAAAAGAUUCAGAAGGAAAAUGCAUACCUUUACUCCCUUUUCUUCUAUAACCUUUUCCCUGCAUACAUUCUCAGCAAAAAGCAUCUUACAUAAAAAAAAGUUCUUACAUUCUGUUCCACCCGGUAACUAUUUUUCUCGAAUUAUUAAAGGAUUCAACUCGUGCGUUAUUCUAAAAUACGCGGUAUACGAUAGGCAAAAGUAGCUGUCCUUCUUGCCUUGUCCCGAAGAAGGGCGGCUUGUUAUGUGAAUGCGAUCGAAUUUCGUCUCCUCUCGCGCUUGAAAUGUUCGGUUCGCGAGCAUUAACGCUCGAUUUCUUAUAAGCAAAACGAUGUCUUGUGCUACGCAAUUCUGUCGUAUGGUUAUGUAUCGUUCAUGCUCUGUUUCCUCCAGACCGAAACGCUUGUUUAGUGCACGUUCGUAUCCAUUAUUGAUCUGUUUUGACGUUUACGUCAAAAUCCUAUUCUUCUAUGUAAUAACAGAGCCCAUAAUUGUUCAACGCUCGCUCUCUAUCCUGUUGUUGUUUUGUUUUCUCUAAUCGACAAGUGCGGAUGAGAGUAUGAUGAACCUUUUUGGAGAUUCUAGUGACAAAGUUUCAGCUCACGUUUCUUGUCAGUUCUGUACAUGCUGAUUUUGUUGUCCGUUUAUGAUCACAGAAAUUCAUUUCAAACUCCUCUAUUAUUUACAUUUGUUCAUUUCCCCUCUCACCCUACUACUUACUACUACUACUGAGUAUGGGCUUCUUAAUAGAACAUAGUUAUAGCG